AUGGACCCGCUGCAGUUCGCCUACAGGCCGGGCAUCGGAGUCGAGGACGCCAUCAUCUCCCUCCUCCAUCGCUCCCUGUCCCACCUGGAGAAACCCGGCUCCACUGUGAGGAUCCUCUUCUUUGAUUUCUCCAGUGCCUUCAACACCAUCCAGCCGAGGCUUCUCAGGGACAAGCUGGAAACAGCCGGAGUGGACUACGACCUGUCCCAGUGGAUCCUGGACUACCUCACAGACAGACCCCAGUUUGUGAGAACCAGGGAUUUUGUGUCGGAGGUCCUGACCUGCAGUGUGGGAGCCCCCCAGGGAACUGUCCUCGCGCCGUUCCUCUUCACCCUCUACACUGCGGACUUCAGACACAACACGGACGGUUGUGUUCUACAGAAGUUCUCUGACGACUCUGCCAUCAUCGGACUCAGCUCCGAGGACGAUGACACAGAGUACAGAGGAGUUAUACAGGACUUUGUGGACUGGUGUCAGAGGAACCACCUCCUCAUCAACGCGAGGAAGACCAAGGAGAUGAACCCCCUCCUCAUCAACGUGAGGAAGACCAAGGAGAGGAACCACCUCCUCAUCAACGCAGGGAAGACCAAGGAGAUGAACCACCUCCUCAUCAACGUGAGGAAGACCACGGAGAUGAACCACCUCCUCAUCAACACGGGGAAGACCAAGGAGAUGAACCACCUCCUCAUCAACGCAGGGAAGACCAAGGAGAUGAACCACCUCCUCAUCAACGCAGGGAAGACCAAGGAGAUGAACCACCUCCUCAUCAACGCAGGGAAGACCAAGGAGAUGGUGGUGGAUUUCCGCAGACGUCACUCUGCCGCUCCAGCUCCAGUGAACAUCCAGGGAAAGGACAUCGAGAGAGUGGACUCUUACAAGUAG